AUGGACGGCGGAGGCGGCGGCGCAACGACCGGAAAAGUCCGGCUCGAACCAGUCGAAACUGCCGGCUGUUUUCGAAUUUUCCGACGACAAAAACUAUUGGGUCUUGACCAGGACGUCGAGACGAAACUUUUGGGACCAGUCUCGAGAGCUGCGGUGGCCGGAAGUGGUGGCGGUGUGGAGAAUUCUGUUCGGGUGAACAGUGACGAGAGAGAGAGAGAGCGCACGGGAGAGAGAGAGAGAGGUGAACUGAAAUGA